GCUUGCUGCUUAUCCGCCCUUCCGGCGUUUAAUGUAAUGUGUUAAUGGGAUUAGUCUGUUUUAUAUUUCAUAAGCUUAGUCAUUUACAGUAAGUUAAUACAUAUUUUUUAGCUCACUUCUUCAUAUCGAGAUACUGCAUUAAAAACUUUCAUGGACAGUCAAGGAAGAAAAGUUAUUGUAUGUGACAACGGUACAGGCUUUGUAAAAUGUGGCUAUGCAGGAUCCAACUUUCCUGCAUUUACCUUUCCAUCCUUGGUGGGCAGACCUAUCCUGCGGGCAGCCAACAAGAUUGGAGACAUUGAAGUUAAGGAAAUUUUAAGUGACACUCACCAUGACCUGAUGGUUGGAGAUGAAGCAAGCAAGCUACGUUCCAUGUUGGAAGUGGAAUAUCCUAUGGAGAAUGGAAUAGUCAGAAACUGGGAUGACAUGUGCCAUGUCUGGGACUACACUUUUGGUCCUCAGAAGAUGAACUUAAAUCCUCGAGAAUGUAAAGUUCUUCUUACAGAGCCACCAAUGAAUCCGGUCAAGAAUAGAGAAAAAAUGAUAGAGGUAAUGUUCGAAAAAUAUCAGUUUGCUGGAACCUACGUUGCAAUCCAGGCUGUUCUUACACUCUAUGCUCAGGGGCUACUGACAGGAGUUGUGGUUGACUCUGGUGAUGGAGUUACUCACAUCUGUCCAGUGUAUGAAGGGUUUGCUCUGCCUCAUUUAACAAGGCGUCUAGACAUUGCUGGCCGAGACAUCACCCGCUACUUAAUUAAGCUGCUUUUGUUGAGAGGAUAUGCUUUCAAUCACACAGCUGAUUUCGAAACUGUGAGAAUGAUCAAAGAGAAGCUCUGCUAUAUAGGUUACAACAUUGAACAGGAACAGAAGCUGGCCUUAGAAACAACUUUUCUUGUGGAAUCUUACACACUGCCAGAUGGUAGAGUUAUCAAGAUGGGAGGUGAAAGAUUUGAAGCCCCCGAAGCUCUCUUUCAACCCCAUUUAGUCAAUAUAGAAGGGCAAGGAAUUGCGGAACUCGUGUUUAAUACCAUCCAGGCUGCUGACAUCGACAUCCGACCUGAUCUGUACAAGCACAUUGUUCUAUCAGGGGGUUCCACUAUGUAUCCAGGACUACCUAGUCGCCUGGAACGUGAAAUCAAACAGUUGUAUCUGGAACGAGUUUUGAAAGGAGACACAGAAAAAUUAUCUAAAUUCAAGAUCAGGAUUGAGGAUCCACCACGAAGAAAGGAUAUGGUAUUUAUUGGUGGAGCAGUAUUAGCAGAUGUGAUGAAGGACAAAGACACAUUUUGGAUGUCCAGAGAGGAGUAUCAGGAAAAGGGCUUGAAGGUGUUAGAGAAACUAGGAGUACGUGCCACGAGUUAGAACUGUGGAUGGAUUUUUGUGUAUGUCAUAUCAGACUCAAACUACAAGUCCAGCUUGUAUGGAUUUGCUAUGAUAAAUAAUUUUUGUAUAUUAUUAAUCUUUCUUCUUGGUGAUCUCGUGGUAUUAAUAACAUUCUAAAAUGUGAAUUUUGAAUUUAAAGUCCAUUAAAUUAUGUAGUGAUUCUUUAGUUUACCAUUGUAGAUAAGAAGAUCUAAAAAAACAAAAUCAUUCAACCAACAAAUGUAAUUUUAUGGUAAUUACAAGCUAUGGAUUAUGUAUAUAUAAGAUCCAGGCCUUGUUUUAUUAUUACAUUAAAUAAGAUUGGCUAGUUUUGUUAUAACAUUAAUACCAUUUACUAUCCAUUCAGGUUUAUGAUUUUUGGAAAAUAUAAAAUAAACAAUUUUCUUCAUUCAGACAUUCUUAAUAUUCCUGUCUUGCUUUUUUCAUGUAUUUCUUUUGUUAAAAAUUAUGUAAUAAAAAUUGUGUCUAGAGGACAACAUUUUUUUCUAAUAAAUCAACUGUCCAUUUUCAA